AUGAAUGAAUGGAUGGAGGGUUUGGACUCUACUCUCUCCCCGUUUUUCCCUACAAAAUGGGGCGAAGAAGACCAAGGAGCGGUGGUGGCGGGGUCAGAGGCCGGUGCAGUAGAAGAAUGCACUGACGUCUCUGUCCUUCGCCCCGUCCGUCCAAGGCUUGUCUCCUCUUCUGCCCCCCCCCCUUCCCUUCACAUUGCACAAACUGGCCGUCCCACCGGUUGUCGUGGAAAAAGCCCCCCUCAAUUCGGACAGACCCAGCGAAACAGCACUCCAGUCGUUUUUUAUCCGCUGAACGGGGAAACGACGGGUUCGGUGAGCGUCUGCAGCCCGUCUCUUCUCUGCCCGCCUCCCCUGCCCCUUCUCUCCCGCUGCAAUCUGAUCCUUAGUUGGCGCUCCAGACCCCCGUCUACACUCUCUCGCCCCCGCUCCCCGUCCGGACUACCCCGCAGCGCUGCUCCCCGUAGGUUUCUGCAUCUCCUCUUGUUCUGCUACUAA